AUAAUCUUGAGUGCCAAACCUGUCGUUGGUGUAUUGAGGAUGAAACGGCAAAUAAGAGGUUGAUGUGUGGUAUAAGUCAUUGUAUUGACAUUACUAACCGUUGUUGUGCCUUUUAACGUAAUCCUGUUAUCAUAGGAAGUUGGAGUGUUUCAACAUACAGUAAUGGAGUGUUUGAUAGGAAUUUCAUUUCGAGAUUUCGUUCUUAUUGCUGCCGAUAUGACUAAUUCUAAUAGUAUUAUGGUUAUGAAAGAUGAUGAAGAUAAACUACACAAGAUUUCGAAUAAACUGGUGAUGGCAAUAUCUGGCGAGUCUGGAGACACAACCCAGUUUGCAGAAUAUAUUGCCAAAAACAUCCAGCUUUACAAAAUGAGGAAUGGAUAUGAACUGUCUCCCAGUGCUGCAGCUAACUUCACUCGUCGAAACUUGGCAGAUUACCUAAGAAGCCGGACACCUUACUUUGUCAACCUUCUUUUGGCUGGGUACAAUGAUGAAACAGGUUCAGAGCUGUAUUUUGUGGAUUAUUUAGCAUCAAUGGUGAAAGUACCUUAUGCUACUCAUGGAUAUGGAGGCUUCUUUUCUCUUUCUAUUCUGGAUAGAUAUCACAAAACAGAUAUGGGUAAAGAAGAUGCUUAUGAACUGAUGAAAAAAUGUGUGCGAGAGAUUCACAAGAGACUUAUUGUCAACUUGCCUAAUUUCAAAGUUCAGCUUAUUGAUAAGAAUGGUAUCCAAGACCUGCCACCGAUUACUGCAAAGAAUCUAGCUGUUGAAGAGGCAAAUAUACCAUUGCCAGAGGUCAAGGCAAUAUAAGACCUUCAUGUAACAUUUUGAGUGUUGUAUCAAGUAUUACUUGUGCUGAAAAAUGUUAUUCUCUUUUAUAAGCUCUAAACAUAAGGAUACAAUUACAAUGAUUCUUUUUAAGACAUUAUCAGAAUGUUUUUGAGAAUUUUGAACCUAUUCAGUAAAACAGUUCUUGAUGCUCU